AUGGUGCACAUUUUAAUUGCAGACACGGACAUCAGAGAAAUGGCAUCUUCCUCAGAUGAAGAUGACACUUCAGUUAGUACUCCACCAGCAGAUGGGAUGUCUAAGCCAGCGGAAAGAAAAGAUUCAGUAUGGUCUAUUGGAGAAGGAGCUCCAGAAGAGACAGAAAAACGCGAUGACUCCCAAAGAUCCACUUUAUUUGUCGAAAAACCUCAGAGCAAAAAAAAUGCAGUCAGUACAGGUGGGAAUAUUACAUUUAUAGCAAAAGUAGAAGCCAAAGAUCUUCUCCGAAAGCCUAAUGUUAAAUGGUUUAAAGGAAAAUGGAUGGACCUGGCCAGUAAAGCAGGGAAGCAUCUGCAGCUGAAAGAAUCCUUUGAGCGUCACACAAAGAUUCACACAUUUGAAAUGCAUAUCAUUCAAGCUAAGGAAAACUAUGCAGGGAACUAUCGCUGUGAAGUAUCUUAUAAGGACAAAUUUGAUAGUUGCUCUUUUGACCUUGAAGUCACUGAAUCUUCCCAAGCUGCUCCAUCCAUUGACAUCAGAUCUGCUUUCAAAAGAAGCGGUGAUGGACAAGACGAUGCAGGAGAACUUGACUUUAGUGGUCUCCUGAAACGUAGGGAGGUUAAACAGCAAGAGGAAGAACCUGAGGUAGAUGUGUGGGAGCUCCUGAAGAACGCAAAUCCCAGUGAAUAUGAGAAGAUUGCUUUUCAGUAUGGUAUCACUGACCUGAGAGGCAUGUUAAAGCGUCUGAAGCGCAUGCGCAGGGAAGUGAAGAAGAGUGCAGCUUUUGCCAAAGGUCUUGAUCCUGCAUAUCAGGUGGACAAAGGAGGUAAAGUAAGGUUCGUGGUGGAGCUAGCAGAUCCAACAGUGGAACUCAAGUGGUAUAAAAAUGGCCAAGAAAUACGACCAAGUGCAAAAUACAUUUUUGAGCACAAAGGUAACCAGCGAAUUUUAUUCAUCAAUAAUUGUAUGAUGACAGACGAUGCUCGUUAUCACGUAACAGCUGGUGAUGAGAAAUGCUCCACAGAACUGUUUGUGAGAGAUCCUCCAAUUUUGGUGACCAAAGGCUUGGAGGAUACCAGUACCUAUGUUGGUGAACGAGUAGAACUGAGCUGUGAAGUGUCUGAGGAUGAUGCAAAUGUGAAAUGGUUUAAGAAUGGUGUAGAACUUCCCAAUGAACCUAAUUCUCGGUAUCGAAUCAAGGUUGAGGGCAAAAAACACACUUUGAUCAUAGAGGAAGCUGCAAAAAAUGACAAUGCAACUUACUCAGUAAUGACAACUGGAGGCCAAUCAGAAGCUAAGCUUAAGGUUGAUUUGAGACCUCUGAAGAUAUCACUUGCACUGGAAGACCAGACUGUGAGGCUUGGACAGGAAAUCCACCUGAAGUGUGAGAUAUCUGAGAAUGUGGAAGGGAAAUGGUACAAAAAUGGGCAACUACUUGAAGCUAGUGACCGUGUAAAGCUUUAUCACAAAGGAAGAAUCCAUAGAUUUGUUAUAGCAAGUGCUGCUGUUGAUGAUGAGGGUGAAUACAUGUUUGUACCAGAUGCAUAUAAUAUUAAUAUUCCAUGCAAAGUUCAUGUUGUGGAUCCUCCUAAGCUCCACCUGGAUGGUCUUGGGGAAGGUAACACAGUGACAGUAGUGGCCGGAAGCAAACUACGACUUGAGAUCCCCAUCACUGGUGAGCCAACUCCAAAAGUCAUGUGGAGCAAAGGGGACAAGUGGAUCACAGACAGUGGAAGAAUACGGGCAGAAACAUACUCAGACAGCAGUUGUCUCGUCAUUGAUACAGCUGAGAGGGAAGAUUCAGGUCCUUUCAGAAUAACAUUAAAGAAUGAGGCUGGAGAAGACACAGCUCUAAUCAACAUUAAAGUGGUUGAUGUCCCUGAUCCUCCUCAGGCACCAAAUGUGACUGAGGUGGGUGAAGACUGGUGUAUUAUGACCUGGGAACCUCCAGCAAAUGAUGGUGGAUCACCCAUCUUAGGAUAUUUCAUUGAAAGGAAAAAGAAACAAAGUUCCAGGUGGAUGAGGUUGAAUUUUGAACUGUGUAAAGAAACAACUUUUGAGCCAAAGAAGAUGAUUGAAGGUGUUGCUUAUGAGGUCCGUGUAUUUGCUGUUAAUGCAAUAGGCAGUUCCAAACCAAGUAUGCCUUCGAAGUCUUUUGUUCCUUUAGCUGUUACCAGUCCACCAACUCUCCUGGCAGUGGAUGGAGUGACUGAUACCUCAGUUACAAUGAAAUGGAGGCCACCAGACCACAUCGGAGCUGCAGGGUUAGACGGCUAUGUUAUAGAGUACUGCUUUGAAGGAAAUGGAUUCUCACAAGGUAUAUCGACAGAUCAGUCUGAGGAAUUGGUGGAGCCACCUUUUAACCCGGAAGAAGCUGAAAGAAGCAGCUUGAAGGAGAACUUAAUUCCUAAAACUGAUCAGUGGAUCGUGGCUAACCCGGAGCUGACAGACAAAACGAGGUUUACUAUCAAUGGCCUGCCCACUGGCUCAAAAAUCCUUGUGAGAGUAAAAGCUGUGAAUGCUGCUGGUGAAAGUGAGCCCAGGUACCACCCACAGCCCAUUUUAGUCAAGGAAGUAGUAGAACCUCCAAAGAUUCGUCUACCAAGACACUUAAAACAAACCUAUACUCGAAGAGUUGGAGAAACUGUGAAUCUUGUUAUUCCUUUCCAGGGAAGACCAAGGGCAAAAGUAUCAUGGCAGAAAAAUGGUUCUCCAAUUGACAAGAACCAAAUCAACAUCCGCAACACCGAAAAUGACACUAUCAUCUUCAUCCGAAAGGCAGAAAGGAACCACUCUGGAGAAUAUAACAUGAAAGUCGAAGUAGAGAACUUGGAGGACAAAGCUACAAUUGACAUUCAGAUUGUUGAUCGCCCAGGCCCACCAGAGGUUGUAACUAUUGAGGAUGUCUGGGGAGAGAAUGUAAAUUUAUCAUGGAAGCCACCAAAAGAUGAUGGCAACGCUGCCAUUACUGGGUACACUAUUCAAAAAGCAGAUAAGAAGAGUAUGGAAUGGUUCACAGUAAUGGAGCACUAUCACCGCACCAGUGCCACCAUUAAUGAGCUCGUCAUCGGAAAUGAGUACUACUUCCGGAUCUUCGCUGAAAACAUAUGUGGCCUCAGUGAGGAUGCAACGAUGACCAAAGAGAGUGCUUUGAUUGCAAAGGAUGGCAAAGUCUACAAAUAUCCAGUUUACGAUGAUUUUGACUUCAGUGAACGGCCGUUGUUUACUCAGCCUCUAGUCAACACAUUUGCUAUAGCUGGUUACAACGCUACUUUGAACUGCAGUGUUCGGGGCAAUCCCAAGCCCAAAAUAACCUGGAUGAAAAACAAAGUCAUUAUAAUGAACGACCCAAGGUACCGAAUGUUCAGCAACCAAGGUGUCUGUACUUUGGAGAUCCGCAAACCCAGUCCCUAUGAUGGAGGCACUUACACCUGCCGAGCAGUCAAUGCACUUGGAGAGGCAGAAGUUGAUUGCAAACUGGAAGUAAAAGGUGGGCUUUCGUUCUUCAGACUCUUGAUGGAUGGAGUGCCUCCGCAUAUCAUUGAUUCAUAUAUGCGUGAAGUACAGGCAGACAAAACUGAGGGGAAGUGAGAUGUCCACAGUGUUUCCUCCCACUGCGCUGGAAAUUGGUAGCAGAAUUGCAGCAUUUUAGUUCUUGCAAUGACAGAACAAAUGUGUGGUUGGGCCUUUUCUUUUUUUUUUUUUCUCUCUCCUUUUUUUUUUUGUUUGUUUCUUAUUUUUUGUUUUGUUUUCCCUACCUGCUCUUACUGAAAAGAAAGAAUACGCAUGGAUUGCUUUGGGGUUGAAAUGAAAUGAACUGAAGACAACACAUGUUUUGUAAUGUUAAGCUUUAUUUUCUGUUUGAUAUUGUGCUCUGUUUUUUAAUGAGGAAAGAGGAGAAGCUGUGUAAUAAACACGAGGAGGUAGUCAGAGUUUGUACUCGGUGGUACAAAGCAUAUCUUUCUCAGACUGAAAGUACAUGGAUUAGCCAGUAGCUGUGCAAUAAGACCCUUGGAAUACAUACCUCUUUGAUAAUGUAUCUUAUUCACCUGAGAAUUGUUUAGCAGAAUAUGGUUUUACUAUAACUGAAUUAAUACAUAUGUACUUAAUGAUCAUUUAAGCUGAACAUAUCUUCCUUUUAGAAGUUUUGAUUUCCUAAAUCUGACCCAUCAGUCUCUCAAAUGAACUGAAAUGGUUUUAUUUAAUGUAUAAUAAAUAUGAAGUGUUUA